GUGGUGUGUCAUGGCGGCAUGGUAAAGCUUGCUCAAAGGGAAAAAUAACCAACCCGUACUGUCUUCUUCAGACAGUGGUUUUGGGACUUAUUUCGGGUUUAACAUCGCCACGAACGUCCACAUUCGUAUUGGAAUUGCAAGCAGUCAUUCGCGGUUUCCAUCCGCUCGGACAUGGCGGCACAUAAACCAGUGGAAUGGGUUCAGGCCGUGAUAAAUAGAUUCGACGAGCAGCUUCCCGUUAAAACGGGACAUCAGAACAACCACACCAGAGUCAGCACAGAGCACAACAAGGAAUGUCUUAUCAACAUCUCUAAGUACAAGUUCUCCCUCGUCAUCAGUGGCCUCACGAACAUACUAAAAAAUGUGAACAACAUGCGUAUAUUUGGGGAAUCAGCUGAGAAGAACCUCUACCUCUCCCAGCUGAUUAUCCUGGACACACUGGAGAAGUGCCUGGUGUCGCAAUCGAAGGACUGCCUGCGUCUGGACGAGACCAUGCUGGUGAAGCAGCUGCUGCCAGAGAUCUGUCACUUCAUCCACACGUACCGCGAUGGCCACCAGCACGCUGCAGAGCUCCGUGCCUCCGCCUCAGGGGUCCUCUUCUCCCUCAGCUGCAACAACUUCAACGCCGUCUUCAGCCGCAUCUCCACCAGGUUGCAGGAGCUGACAGUCUGCUCAGAAGACACUGUGGAUGUCCAUGAUAUAGAGCUCAUGCAGUACAUCAACGUGGACUGCUCCAAACUUAAAAGACUGCUUCAAGAAACUGUAUUAAAAUUCAAAGCCCUGAAGAAACCUGCCCAACUUGCUGUCAUUAAUAGUUUGGAAAAGGCCUUCUGGAACUGGGUGGAGAACUACCCUGAUGAGUUUACCAUGCUCUACCAGAGACCACAGACAGACAUGGCAGAUGCUGCGGAGAGGCUGUUUGACCUGGUGGACAGCUUUGCUGAGAGUGCCAAGAGGAAGGCAGCGGUGUGGCCUCUACAGAUCAUCCUCCUCAUCCUCUGUCCCGAGAUCACACACAUCAUCUCCAGAGAGGUGGUGGAGGAGAGCAAGGCCAACAAGAAGCUAUUCCUGGAGAGCUUGAGGAAGGCCCUAGCAGUCCAGGGGAGUAGCAAGCCACUAACAGAGAGUGCAGCUAUCGCCUGUGUCAAACUGUGCAAGGCCUCCACCUACAUCAACUGGGAGGACCACUCAGGCAUCUUCCUCCUGGUGCAGUCCAUCGUGGUGGACCUCAAGGCCCUGCUCUUCAACCCCAACAAGCUCUUCUCUCGCGGGGCAGGCAGCCAGAACGCAGACGUGGACCUCAUGAUCGACUGCUUCGUCUCCUGUUUCCGUAUCAACCCUCACAACAACCACCACUUUAAGGUCUGUUUGGCCUCCUCCUCCCCCUCUACCUUUCACUUUGUCCUGGUCAACUCCCUGCACAGGAUCAUCACCAAUUCUGAUCUGGACUGGUGGCCUAAGAUUGAUGCAGUGUACUGCUACUCUGGAGAGCUGCGACUAAUGUUCUCAGACACUCUGAGCCGAGUGAUGCAAGGCCUUCACACACACGCCCCGCUACGCAUGACGCCGAGUCUGUCAUUUAAAGAGAAGAUGACCACCAGCCUUAAGUUCAAAGAGAAAACCACAGAUCUGGACACACGCAGCUACAAGUGCCUCCUCCUCGCCCUGGUCAAACUCAUCCACGCCGACCCCAAACUCAUGCUGCACAACCCGGGGAAGCAGGCUCAGGAGAUCCAGAGCAGCACAGCAGAGCUGAUCGCAGGCCUGGUGCAGCUGGUGCCCUUGGUCAACACAGCCCAGCUCUCCCAGGAGGCCAUGGAGGCGUUGCUGGUGCUGCACCUGCCUGAGACCAUUGAGCUGUGGAACCCUGAGGCCCCCAUUGAAACCUUCUGGGACAUCAGCUCCCAGGUUCUCUUCCUGAUCUGUAAGAAGCUGAUUGGUCACCAGAUGGUGAACAGUACAGAGGUGUUGAAGUGGCUGAGGGAGAUCCUUAUCUGCAGGAACAAGUUCCUCCUCAAGAACAAGGAGGGUGUCACCCAGGGCAGUGGUAUCCCCAUCUGCAGACAGGCCCAGACCAAACUGGAGGUGUGUCUAUACAUGUUCCUGUGGAGCCCUGACGCCGAGGCCGUGCUGGUGGCCAUGUCCUGCUUCAGACACCUGUGUGAGGAGGCUGACAUCCGCUCUUCCGCUGACGAGGUGCCUGUCCAGACCAUCCUGCCCAACUACGCCACCUUCACAGAGUUCGCCUCUGUCAGCAACAUGAUGGCCACCGGACGCUCCACCCUGCAGAAGAGAGUGAUGGCCUUGUUGAGAAGGAUAGAGCACCCCACUACAGGAAACACUGAGGCAUGGGAGGACACGCAUGCAAAAUGGGAGCAGGACACCAAACAGAUUCUAAACUUCCCCAAAAACAAGGUGGAGGAUGGUCAGGAGUGGAUCAACAUGACAGGCUUCCUGUGUGCUCUGGGCGGGGUGUGUCUGUCUCAGCGCAGCAAGCCCUGCGGCCCUGCCACCUACAGCCCCCCCAUGGGCCCCAUGAGUGAACGCAAGUACUCCAUGGUCUCUGUGGGCUCCUGUGAGGUCUCCAACGCUGCAGCUGGAGCCUCAGCCACCUGCUCCUCCUCCUCUGAGACCCCCCUGGGCAGGUUCCUGGACCGCCUGCUGGCCCUGCUGGUGUGUGGUCAUGAGAGGGUGGGUCUGCACGUCCGCACCAACGUCAAGGAGCUGCUGGGCCUGGAGCUCAGCCCGGUCCUCUACCACAUGCUCUUCAACAAGCUCAGGAACAGCAUUGGACGCUUCUUCGACACACAGGGGCCGGUCCCCAUCAAUGACACUAACACCCAGUUUGUGGAGCAGACCAUCGCCAUCAUGAAGAACCUACUGGACAACCAUGCUGAGGGCAGCUCAGAGCACCUGGGACAGGCCAGCAUAGAGACCAUGAUGCUCAACCUGGUCAGGUACGUGCGUAUCCUAGGCAACACGUUGCAUGCCAUCCAGAUGAAGACCAAGCUGUGCCAGCUGGUGGAGGUGAUGAUGGAGAGACGAGACGACCUGUCCUUCUGCCAGGAGAUGAAGUUCAGGAACAAGAUGGUGGAGUACCUGACAGACUGGGUGAUGGGCACCUCCAACCAGGCUGCUGAUGACGAUAUCAAGUGUCUGACCAGAGACCUGGACCAGGCCAGUAUGGAGGCGGUGGUGUCUCUGUUAGCUGGCCUGCCUCUACAGCCAGAGGAGGGAGACGGGGUGGAACUGAUGGAGGCCAAGUCACAGCUCUUCCUCAAGUACUUUACCCUGUUCAUGAACCUGCUGAAUGACUGCAGUGAGGUGGAGGAUGAUGGCCAACCGGUGGUUGGGAGGAAGAGGGGCAUGUCUCGACGCUUGGCCUCCCUCAGACACUGUACUGUCCUGGCCAUGUCCAACCUCCUCAACGCCAACGUGGACAGCGGACUCAUGCACUCUAUCGGUCUGGGCUACCAUAAGGACCUGCAGACGCGGGCCACCUUCAUGGAGGUUCUGACUAAGAUCCUUCAGCAGGGGACAGAGUUUGACACGCUGGCAGAGACAGUGCUGGCUGACCGCUUCGAGAGGCUGGUGGAGCUGGUCACCAUGAUGGGAGACCAGGGAGAGCUGCCCAUCGCCAUGGCACUGGCCAAUGUGGUGCCAGGAUCCCAAUGGGAUGAGCUGGCCCGUGUGUUGGUGACGCUGUUCGACUCUCGCCACCUGCUGUAUCAGCUGCUGUGGAACAUGUUCUCCAAAGAGGUGGAGCUGGCUGACUCCAUGCAGACUCUGUUCAGAGGCAACAGCCUGGCCAGUAAAAUCAUGACCUUCUGUUUCAAGGUGUACGGGGCGGCGUACCUACAGAAGCUACUGCAGCCUCUACUUAAAGGGGUCGUCACCACCCCAGAGUGGCACAACAUCAGCUUUGAGGUGGACCCAACCAGACUAGAACAGUCGGAGAACCUUGAGGAGAACCAGCGGAACCUUCUCCAGAUCACAGACCGGUUCUUCCUGGCCAUUAUCAACUCCUCCAGCGAGUUCCCUCCACAGCUACGCAGUGUGUGUCACUGUCUCUACCAGGCUACUUGCCACUCUCUACUGACUAAAGCCACAGUUAAAGACAGAAAGGAAAACAAAAAAGCAGUGGUGAGCCAGCGUUUCCCCCAGAACAGUAUAGGGGCGGUGGGCAGUGCCAUGUUCCUGCGCUUCAUCAACCCUGCCAUCGUGUCGCCCUACGAGGCAGGCAUCCUGGAUGAGAAGCCCCCACCCAGGAUAGAGAGAGGCCUGAAGCUGAUGUCCAAGAUCCUCCAGAGCAUUGCCAACCACGUGUUGUUUACCAAAGAGGAGCACAUGAGGCCUUUUAACGACUUUGUGAAAAGCAACUUUGAUGCAGCCAGGCGGUUCUUCUUGGACAUAGCGUCUGACUCUCCUCCCAGUGACUCAGUCAACCACAGCCUGUCCUUCAUCAGUGAUGGCAAUGUUCUGGCCCUCCACAGGCUGCUUUGGAACAACCAGGAGAGGAUUGGACAGUACCUCUCCAGCAACAGGGACCACAAGGCAGUGGGCAGGCGGCCAUUUGACAAGAUGGCCACCCUCCUGGCCUAUCUAGGGCCCCCCGAGCACAAACCUGUGGCCGACACCCACUGGUCCAGCCUCAACCUCACCAGCUCCAAGUUUGAAGAGUUUAUGACCAGGCACCAGGUCCAUGAGAAAGAUGAGUUCAAAGCCCUGAAGACCCUCAACAUCUUCUACCAGGCUGGCACCUCCAAGAAUGGCAACCCUCUCUUCUACUACAUUGCUCGCAGGUUUAAGACAGGCCAGAUCAACGGAGACCUUCUAAUCUACCAUGUGCUGCUGACCCUGAAGCCUUACUACGCCAAGCCCUACGAGAUCGUAGUGGACCUGACCCACGUGGGGCCCAGCAACCGCUUCAAGACAGACUUCUUGUCCAAGUGGUUUGUGGUGUUCCCGGGCUUCGCCUACGAGAACGUGGUGGCGGUCUACGUGUACAACUGCAACACGUGGGUGAGGGAGUACACCAAGUACCACGAGAGGUUGCUGACAGGCCUGAAGGGCAGCAAGCGGGUGCAGUUCAUCGACUCGCCGGCGCGGUUGGCGGAGCACGUAGAGGCAGAGCAGCAGAAGCUCCCGGCGGCCACGCUAGCCCUGGAGGAGGACCUCAAGGUGUUCCACAACGCCCUCAAAGUGGCCCACAAGGACACCAAGGUCUCCAUCAAGGUGGGCUCCACGGCCGUCCAGGUGACGUCAGCAGAGCGUACCCGUGUCCUGGGUCAGUCGGUGUUCCUCAACGAUGUGUACUAUGCCUCUGAGAUCGAGGAGAUCUGCCUGGUGGACGAGAGCCAGUUCACCCUGACCAUGGCCAACCAGGGCACGCCCCUCACCUUCAUGCACCAGGAGUGUGACGCCAUCGUCCAGUCCAUCAUCCACAUCAGGACGCGCUGGGAGCUGUCGCAGCCAGACUCCAUCCCCCAGCACACCAAGAUCAGGCCCAAAGACGUGCCGGGCACCCUGCUGAACCUCGCCCUGCUCAACCUGGGCAGCUCCGACCCCAGCCUCAGGUCUGCUGCCUACAACCUGCUGUGUGCCUUAACCUGCACCUUCAACCUGAAGAUCGAGGGCCAGCUGCUGGAGACCUCAGGCCUCUGUAUCCCUGCCAAUAACACCCUCUUCAUAGUCUCUAUCAGCAAGACGCUGGCCGCCAAUGAACCACACCUCACCCUGGAGUUCCUGGAGGAGUGCAUCUCCGGCUUCAGCAAGUCUAGUAUUGAGCUGAAGCACCUGUGUCUAGAAUACAUGACCCCCUGGCUGCUCAACCUGGUGAGGUUCUGUAAGCACAAUGACGAUGCCAAGCGCCAGCGCGUCAGCGCCAUCUUGGAUAAGCUCAUCACCAUGACCAUCAACGAGAAGCAGAUGUACCCCUCUAUACAGGCAAAGAUCUGGGGCAGCCUCGGCCAGAUAACGGACCUGCUGGACGUGGUGUUGGACAGCUUCAUCAAGACCAGCGCUACAGGAGGCCUGGGCUCCAUCAAGGCUGAGGUCAUGGCUGACACGGCUGUGGCUCUGGCCUCAGGGAACGUCAAACUGGUCUCCAGCAAGGUGAUUGGCCGGAUGUGUAAGAUCAUCGACAAGACGUGCCUGUCUCCCACGCCCACCCUGGAGCAGCACCUGAUGUGGGAUGACAUCGCCAUCCUGGCCCGCUACAUGCUGAUGCUGUCCUUCAACAACUCUCUGGACGUAGCGGCUCACCUGCCGUACCUGUUCCACGUGGUCACUCUGCUGGUGGCCACUGGCCCCCUGUCCCUACGGGCCUCCACACACGGCCUGGUCAUCAACAUAAUCCACUCUCUCUGCACCUGCUCGCAGCUCAACUUCAGAGAGGAGACCAAGCAGGUCCUGAGGCUGAGCCUGACAGAGUUCUCCCUGCCUAAGUUCUACCUGCUGUUCGGCAUCAGUAAGGUCAAGUCUGCUGCGGUCAUCGCCUUCCGCUCCAGCUACCGCGACCGCUCCUUCUCUCCCGGCUCCUACGAGAGGGAGACCUUCGCCCUCUCCUCCCUGGAGACCGUCACUGAGGCCCUGCUGGAGAUCAUGGAGGCAUGCAUGAGGGACAUCCCAGCGUGCAAAUGGCUGGACCAGUGGACCGAGCUGGCUCAGAAGUUUGCGUUCCAGUACAACCCGUCCCUGCAGCCCAGAGCCCUGGUGGUGUUUGGCUGCAUCAGUAAGAGGGUGACCCACGGCCAGAUCAAACAGAUCAUCAGGAUUCUUAGCAAGGCCAGCCCCCUGCUCAGCAUUGACCGGGGGCUGGAGUGCUGCUUAAAGGGACCUGAUAACUACAACAGCCAGGUGCUGAUUGAGGCCACAGUCAUCGCUCUGACUAAGCUGCAGCCCCUUCUCAACAAGGACUCCCCCAUGCACACGGCAGUGUUCUGGGUGGCUGUAGCUGUGCUGCAGCUGGAUGAAGUCAACCUGUACUCUGCUGGGACGGCCCUGCUAGAGCAGAACCUACACACUCUGGACAGCCUGCGAGUCUUCAACGACAAGAGUCCAGAGGAGGUGUUUAUGGAGAUCAGGCGUCCUCUGGAGUGGCAUUGUAAACAGAUGGACCACUUUGUGGGCCUCAACUUCAGCUCCAACUUCAACUUCGCACUGGUGGGACACCUGCUCAAAGGCUACAGACACCCGUCCCCCACCACGGUGGCUCGGACGGUGCGUAUCCUCCACACGCUGCUGGCCCUGGUGGGAAAACACCUCAACUGUGAUAAGUUUGAGGUCAACACCCAAAGCGUGGCCUACCUGGCAGCCCUGCUCACCGUGUCAGAGGAGGUGCGUAGUCGCUGCAGUCUAAAACACAGGAAGUCUCUGCUGCUGUCUGAGAUGGCCAUGGAGAACGUUCCCAUGGAUACCUACUCUCUGCACCACACUGACCCCAGCUGCAGGACACUGAGAGAGUGCCAGCUGUGGGCAUCCCCAAAGGUGUCAGAGCGCUAUCUGAAUGCCUACUACCCCACGGUGGGGCAGAUCAGCCCCCGUACACGCAAGUCCAUGAGCCUGGACAUGGGCCAGGCCUCCCAUGCCAACACCAAGAAGCUGCUGGGCACCAGGAAGAGUUUUGAUCACCUGAUAUCUGACUCCAAAGCACCAAAGAGACCAGAGAUGGAAUCUGGCGUCACCACCCCGCCUAAGGUGAGGUGCGUGGUGGAGAACGACUAUGAGAUAGACAGCCAAAGAAUGGGCCACUCCCACCUCCGCAAGGUGUCUGUGACAGAGUCCAACGUUCUAUUGGACGAGGAGGUGCUGACCGACCCCAAAGUCCAGGCCCUGCUGCUCACUGUCCUGGCCACCCAGGUCAAGUACACCACAGACGACUUUGACCAGAGGAUCCUGUACGAGUAUCUAGCUGAAGCUAGCGUCGUCUUCCCAAAGGUCUUUCCCGUCGUCCACAACCUUCUGGACUCUAAGAUCAACACGCUGCUGUCUAUGUGCCAGGAUACCAACCUGCUGAACCCAGUGCAUGGCAUUGUUCAAAGUGUGGUCUACCAUGAAGAGUCUCCUCCACAAUACCAACCCUCCUAUCUACAGAGCUUCGGCUUCAACGGACUUUGGAGGUUUGCCGGACCCUUCUCAAAGCAAACUCAGAUCCCAGACUACGCUGAGCUGAUUGUGAAGUUCCUGGAGGCCUUGAUUGACCGCUACCUGCCUGGUACAGAGGAGGAGAGGAGCGAGGAGCAGCUCCGUACCCCCACCUCCCCCUACCCCCCUGUCACCCAGAGCCAGCUCAGCAUCACCGCUAACCUCAACCUCUCCAACUCCAUGACCUCCCUGGCCACCUCGCAGCACUCCCCAGCCUCUCUGCCUUUCUCUAAGUCAGCUGUUUUUGCGCCACACCUCCUCCUCCCAGUGGAGCCUGGAGAUGUUGAGUUCAUUCAGGGCGUGGAUAAGGAGAAUGUGCAGCUCUCCCCCAGCGCGGCGCUCUCCACCAGUGGACGGAUCCGCCAUGGCUCUGCUAGUCAGGUGCAGAAACAGCGCAGCGCGGGCAGCUUCAAAAGGCCUAGCAUCAAGAAGAUAGUAUGAGACAAAGAGAUAGAAAGAGAUGGAGAGAACAAUAGCUAUCCAAAGGCCCCUCCUUGCCCACCGUGCCACACACCUUGCUGCACUCCUCUUUUUACCCUUCAUUUUGUUCUGUGAUGGAUGGUCAAGUCAACCUGAGGAUCAGGGUUGUAUUGGAGAAGUAGCUGCGUUUGUCUCUGUGUUCCUUUGGUUGUCAGGCAUCUGGAGUAUUGCAACAUGAGAGAUGACUUCGGAUGGAUGAAGUUGUUAUUUCCAUUCAGAAAUGUGGUCCAGGAUUUUUUAAAUGUAUUUUUGGCCAUUAAAAGGACUGAAACUGUCAAGGUGACUGAAAUAAGAUGAACGAAAUAAGCCAUUCAGUAAUCAUCUUGAUUUUGUUUUGCUCUUUGUCUGUUGAAUUCUCAAAGAAUCCAGAUAUCAGUUACAUAUAUAACGUAUUCAGUGUAAGAACUGGACAACAUGAUGUUUGGUGACUGCUGCAUAGGUGACAUAGGAAGAUGACUGGGCGAAUCAAUGUGGUCCACCCGGCAUAGAUGUUGGACCAUUAUGACAUCGUGCCCAGGAGGGAAAGAACGGAGGGAUUUUGAACCUGUAUAAUGAAGGACAGGCUCUUGCCUCAGCUUCAACCCCACAGUCUACUCCAAACCAACCCUACUACCGCCUUCACACCGCAUCCUCACAGCAAGGCUGCAACAGCCAGUCGCCACUUCCAUCUAUGCCGGGUGAACCAAAUGGCCAAACAACAGAUGGAUAGUCAUGUUGUUAGCAAAACCUUCAAACCACAGUCUUAAAACCUGGAUUUGGAUGCACAUUGUCAUUUUGAUUCUUCCCAGUUGUGUACAUAUUUAUGUAUAUAGAUGUAUAGAAAGGAUAUAUAACUAUUCCUAAUAAUAAUAAUAAUAAUUGGGUUGUUGUUUUAUCCAUGGUGUGCCUUCGUCAGGGUUUUCCGAUGUGUAUAAUUGUGUCAAAUAAAGUGAAGCCUUGCUUGGGAAAAUAACAGUUACUAAUUAUAUAGAGACUUAUGUUCACUCUACGUGAAUGCUCUUUAGAGCUGCAUUGUUAACUGUAUGUCAUGAUCGUCAAGUAUACAAUCACCAAUAAUACCCUGCUGCCUGAAAGUAUUUAACCUGUACAGAUAGACAGUCUUUACUAAAUAUUGAAGCUAUUCUUUUUUAAACAUUUGCCAUGCAUGAAUAUGAAUUUCAAGACACUAGAUAGAACUGCGCAAACUUGUAAAUAUUGAAAGCCUUUAUUUUAUUGAUUUUUAUAAUUGUUUCUCUAUAUUGCAUUUGGAUUGGUUUACAGUUCCAACCGUGACUAGGAAAAUUAAGUAAUAUGCCCCAAAAAUGCCAAAACCCAUCAGUAAUAGCAACUACGUGGAUACUUAAAUUGACAUGAUAUAGAUCCAAAUAUUGCUAUUGAUCACACCUGUCUAAGAUGAUGUGUGAUACUGAAUUGAUCAUAUUGAAGUUCUGGUUUAAUAAGAUGUCAAUACAUUCUCCUGAUUUCCUGUUCACACACAGAGGUGUCUCUUUCUCUAGUUGAAUGAAGUCUACCUAUGAAUGACGUCCUAUGUCCAAAUGAAAGGUGAGGGAAAUGAGGGCGGCCAUGACUUUGUUGUAUGAAGGAGUCAUUCACUCCCUUCCCCUUGCUCUUGAUCCUAACCUUUCCAUUUGUGCAUAUCAGUAAGGUUAGAAGCUAUAUGCUGGAAGCCCCACCAUUACACUGUUAUACCAUCAAGAUUCCUGACCCUUGGGAUCUGCAGACAUGGAAGGGUUGGGGAGGGGGAGGGAACGGCUGUUACUUAACAGUCAUUGGGACAUGACCUCAAUCCCAGACGCCCUUGCAGCAGAUCCAGGGGCACUGCACCAAAGACUAGCUUGCACUAUGGGAAAGGUUAAUGAUGAUAUCCAUUCAUUCAAAACAUGUUUUUAGAAAUGAUGCUUUUAAUGAUUACUUUUGUGUGUGUGUGAGAGAGAGAAUGUUGUUUUCCUUGGAGGAUCUUUAGUAUUUGGUUUUCCACUCCACUACAUGUUGUGUUUAAAUGUCAUUGUGACAAAUUAAUGUCCCAACAUGGCACUCUGCAGCUUCCACAGCAUCAUCCUCUCACAGGAAAGGGCCCAAUCCUAAUUUGAGAUUAGUGCACGCAAAUCUCCCAUAAAUAUCAAUGCAAGGUGCUUUAGACGAAAGUGCCAGUUGGCUUUCUUCUAGGUUGUUUUACCUCUAAUACCUGAGUCCCUGUAUACCACUCCAGAAAGGCACUUAACCCUAAUUGCUUCUGUAAGUCGCUCUGGAUAAGAGCGUCUGCUAAAUGACUAAAAUGUAAAUGUAUACCUGAGUCCCUGUGUACCACUGCAGAAAAGAUUGGACACAGUUAAAUGUAUGUGUGCAUCGUUCUAAUUUAAGUUAUUGAUCCAUACAUUUGGCAAAAUUUGUUUCCAGCCUUUUCUGUGGAAUAGCAUUAGUUGUACUUGUGUUGGUAUUUUUUGAUAUAUCAAAUUUCCCCUGAAUAUAUUUAUGAAGGAAGCAAGUGUAGUUUACUAUCAUGGAAACCGUUUCAAUUGAAUAAAGGAGUGAAUGAGGAAAGGAAAGGAAGAGACAGGUCUUCAAGUGUUAUUGACUAUAUUUGUAAAGGGAAAACUGAAAUAUAUAUCAGAACUUAACAAGGGUACCAAACGCUAUUUACACAAUUAGAUAUCAAGGAAACCAAAUAUAUAUAUAUAUAUAUAUAGAUAGAUACAUACAUACAUACAUACAGUGGGGGGGAAAGUAUUUAG